AUGGAGCCAAUGGCAGCUUUUUUUGAUGAAGAAUGGGAGUCUUUGAGCAGAAUGUUCUCCACUGAAGAUGCAGAGUUCAUGAUACAGCAACAUGGGCAUGAAUCCCUGUCAAAUGACUCUGACAGCAGUUUGUUCUUCCAGACAGCAGCAAAUUUCUGGCCCGUUGGUGAUGCUAACAUUGAAAAUGUGGCAGGGGUUGGUGAGAGUUUUUUGUGUUGCGAUAAUAUCAUUGAUUAUAGUAACUUCCUAAAUGUUUCUCAAGACAGUAGCAGUAGUAAUGCAAGUGAUACUAGUAUUGUUUUUCCCAAUCUGAGCUAUGAAUUCCACCAGGCUAGUGAUAUUAAUGUUUUCCAAGUAACAAAUGGUUCACCUGAGUCCAUGGAUUUUAAUGCGAUGGAUGAGAAAAAUGAUAACUCCUCAGUUCCAGUUUUCCUUGAUGGUCUCGUGGAGGACAUUAUCUCUCCAAGGGAAGUGAUGGGUAGUGAAAAAAUGAACAAUGCAGAGACUCAGCCAGCAAGCAAUGGCAAUUCAGCUAAUGAAUUGCUGCUUAAAAGGAAGUUCAAGAAAUCUAAACUCCAAACUGAAGCAGAACCUGUUGAAAAUUCUAAGAAGAAAUCUCGAGUUCCGAGAAAUGUUCAGAAAACUAAAAGGACUGUGCAGCCCAAAUCCACGAAGAACCAGAAGGCACAGCAAAUUAACAAGGAUGAAGAGGAGGCUAAUGGUGCACAGAAUGGACAGAGCUCCUGCUCUUACAGCUCAGAGGAUGAUUCUAAUGCUUCUCAGGAGUCAAAUGGAGGAGAAGCUUCAGAUAACAAAGGGCCAGCCCUCAACUUGAAUGGUAAAACAAGGGCCAGCAGGGGGUCUGCAACUGAUCCACAAAGCCUCUAUGCAAGGAGGAGAAGAGAAAGAAUAAAUGAAAGACUGAGAAUCUUGCAGAAUCUUAUCCCGAAUGGAACUAAGGUUGACAUUAGCACAAUGCUUGAAGAGGCAGUCCACUAUGUCAAGUUCUUGCAGCUUCAGAUUAAGUUACUGAGCUCAGAUGAUAUGUGGAUGUAUGCUCCUAUUGUCUACAAUGGACUGGAUAUUGGUCUGUAUGGGAGGACUUUCCCCACCCUAUGA